CCCGGAUGAGGCUGAGCUUCCGGGGUCUGUAGCUGGAGCGCCGGAGGAAGAGCAGGAUCAGCUGAACUACAGAAGAAAUGAAAAUAUUCUCCUGAAAUUAAUCACCAACAACCAAGAUAUUUAUCAAAGAUCAAUGUUAAACUGCUGAAAGAGAUGAAGCACAAGCCAUCCUGAAGAAUCUCCAGAACACGCAGAAAUUGUUUGAUACAUUUAACAGACAAAUAAAGCCAAGUCCCGACAUGGAGAAACAUCAGCACUCUGUCAAGAGUUUUACUAAACAGAGUGAUCUCAAAAAACACCGGCGCAUUCACACAGGAGAGAAACCGUAUCACUGCUCAGACUGUGGAAAGAGUUUUACUCAACAGAGUGAUCUCAAAAAACAUCAGCGCAUUCACACAGGAGAGAAACCGUAUCACUGCUCAGACUGUGGGAAGAGUUUUAAUCAACAGAUUCAUCUCAAAAUACACCAGCGCAUUCACACAGGAGAGAAACCGUAUCACUGCUCAGACUGUGGGAUGAGUUUUAGUAGACUAGGGAAUCUAAAACUGCACCAGCGCAUUCACACAGGAGAGAAACCGUAUUACUGCUCAGAAUGUGGGAAGAGUUUUAGUAGACUAGGGAAUCUAAAACUGCAUCAGCGCAUUCACACAGGAGAGAAACCUUAUCACUGCUCAGACUGUGGAAAGAGUUUUAAUCAACAAAGUACUCUCCAAAUACACCAGCGCAUUCACACAGGAGAGAAACCACAUCACUGCUCAGACUGUGGAAAGAGUUUUAAUCAACAAAGUACUCUCCAAAUACACCAGCGCAUUCACACAGGAGAGAAACCGUAUUACUGCUCAGACUGUGGGAGGAAUUUUAAUUAUCAGAGUAAUCUCAAAAUACACCAGCGCAUUCACACAGGAGAGAAACCGUAUCACUGCUCAGACUGUGGGAAGAGUUUUACUGAACAGAGUAAUCUCAAAAAACACCAGCGCAUUCACACAGGAGAGAAACCGUAUCACUGCUCAGACUGUGGGAAGAGUUUUAAUCAUCACAGUCAUCUCAAAAAACACCAGCGCAUACACACAGGAGAGAAACCGUAUCACUGCUCAGACUGUGGGAAGAGUUUUAAUCAACAGAUUCAUCUCAAAAUACACCAGCGCAUUCACACAGGAGAGAAACCGUAUCACUGCUCAGACUGUGGGAAGAGUUUUACUGAACAGGGUACUCUCAAAAAACACCAGCGCAUUCACACAGGAGAGAAACCGUAUCACUGCUCAGACUGUGGGAAGAGAUUUACUAAACAGAGUACUCUGAAAAAACACCAGCGCAUUCACACAGGAGAGAAACCAUAUUACUGCUCAGACUGUGGGAAGAGUUAUACUCGACAGAGUGAUCUCAAAAUACACCAGCGUAUUCACACAAGAGAGAAAACUAUCCCAAAUUUGUUCCACGGCAAUUAAAAGUGCAAACACCUUAUCCUACACAAAUGUUUCACUUUGUCACUUGGGACACGUUCCACCAGAAACAAACAUGAACUGAAUUUAACAAUGGAUUUUACAGUUUCAGCAAAAUGAAUCUUAUCCAGGGAUGAUGUUUAUUGAAUUCCAUGUUGUGUUUUCUUGUAUGUUUGAUAUUGCAGGACAUUCUUCGUGAGACAGAGCUCAGUUUUUAGGGUAGUUACGGUAGGAGUUCAGUUCUGAAGAAGGGAAGGUUUUUGAGUUUGAGCAAGGGCACUGCCAGUGCUUGCACCAGAUGGUAGAUUAGCAUAACUUAGUCUUUAAAAUUUAGAUGCCAUAGUUGUUAGGAGUAGAUUAGGAUUUUGGAUAAAACCUUCAGUGCUUAUGCUUAGAAGGUUUUGAAAGAAUUUAAUCACUUUUCUAGCUUAUGCAUAUUUUAUUAUUUCCAUUAAUUUCUAGUAUCUGUUUUUAGUCUGUGGAAGCCAUCCUCAGUUCCCCAAGCUUAGCAUAGCUUAGCUUAAUGCAAUUAACUGCCAUAUGAAAGGAUAAGGGGAUAACACCCCCUGAGCCACUCCAGAGAGAGUGUGCUCCCAAAAGUGUGACCCAGAGCCACAGAGAGACGACACUGUGCCGGGUACUGCCGUGUGGAGCAUCCAGACCCCGCAGAGAGCCCAACAAAAUAUUUUCCAGAGGUUAAAUAAAACGCUCCAGACGUAGUUCCCAUACUGAAAUCAACCCCCUCCAGGCCUGUGUAGCACAGUAAGGUAACUAGCUUAUUUAUUCCCCCUGCUGUUGUUCUUGUUUGUCUAUGGUUCAGUCUGAUUAAAAAUAUGUUAGCAUAGAGGGAUAUAGAUGGAUAUUUGGUUGUUGUAUUACUCAAGUUUUAUACUCUUUUUUUUUUUUUUUUUUUUUCUUAUUAGAUAUAUCUUGCUUAAGAUUUUUUAAUCUCCAAAGUUACUAAGAAUAUCCAGUUAAUUUAGUUAAUUGAUUGUUUUUAUCCAGUACCAACUAUUAUCUUUGUAUUGCUUCACCUCUAUAUGUACUCAUCUGUGUUUCAUAAAAAACGCUUUAAGAUCGCAA